AUGGCUUCCUUCGCGCUGCGCGCGAACCCCGCGCUCGCGCGCGCGCCCGUCGCCGCCAGGCGCGGCGCCGGCCGCGUCCGCGUCGCCACGACGCGCGUCGCCGCCGCGCGUCGCCCCGCGCGCGUCUUCGCGUCCGCCGACGGCGCCGCGGACGGACACUUCGACGAGGAGAAGCUCAACGCGGAAGCGCGAGCGGCCGUGGAGCAGCGCAUCCUCGAGCUCGUCCCCGCGGACGCCCUGAACGCGGUCGACAUACCGACGAACCUCACGGAGAUUCGCGCGUACGUGCGGUGGGAAGAAGCCGGAAAGCCGGAGAACACGUCGCGCGAGUGGCAAUCGCGCGAGUACCAAGCCGCGCUCGUCGACCUCAAGCUCGAGCUCCUCUCCGGCGGCUCCCUGAACGAGAUCAGACGCCGGUACAACGUCGAGUGCGUGGACGGCCAGGACGGCAGAGUCGGCUCGUUCGACCAUUCCCUCGUGCCCGCGGUGCGCCGCGCGCAGGCGGUGGCGGCGGAGCCGGGAUACUACAACAACGUCGUCGCCUCGGUGCCGAUGGCGGUGAACGUCCCGGAGGUGAUCGCCGCGAUCGACGCCGCGGCCGCGAUCGACGCGCCGGCGCCCGCGCGCCCGCCCGCGGACCAGCGCCGGUCGCGCGCCGCCGUCGACCUGAUCGAGAUGGACGAUCUCGAGGCGAGGAUCGCCGCCGCCGCGCGCGCGUCCCCGCUCCUCGAGGAGAUGACGUUGCUCGAAGCCGCCGCGAACGCGAUGGCGGAAGAGAGCGCGGAUCUCACGGACAUCGACCGCAAGGCUGCCGCGUUCGGCGACGCGGCGUUCGCGGAGGCGCUGAAGGAAUCCGCGUCGGAGUUGGCGGCGAACAGCGCCGUCGAGGACGCCGAAGCCGAGCUCGCCGCCGCCAAGGCUGCGCUCGACGCCGCGCGCGCGAAACGCGAAGCCGCCGCCGGGUCUCUCGCGGAGGAGACCGCGGAGGAGUUCGACGCGAGGAUCGCCGCGGCCGCGGCGUCGCUCACGACCCCGCCCACCGCGGACGGGAAGGGCAACGUCCCGUUUCAAACCGCCUUUGACUCGACGGAGGACGCGAUCAACACGAGGAAGGCUGCGAUCAAGGCGGACAAGGCUGCCAAGUUUGAGGACGACCACGCCAAGCUGCGCGCGGAGGCUGCCGCGCGCGUGGAACGCGAGCUCGAGAAACUCCGCGUGAGAGAGGAGCUCGCGCGAGCCGAAGACGAAGCGAAGGCGACGGCGAUGAAACGCGCGGCGGAGCUCAAGGAGGCGAAAGCCGCCGCGGAGGCGGAGCUUCGAGCGGCGGAGGCGGAGAUGCGCGCGGCGCGCGCAGCGCUCGCGGCGACGGCGAAGUCGUCGGACAAGGCGAAGAUGUCCGCCGCCGCGUUCAACGCGGCGCACGACCACCCGGCGUCGAGCAAGGCUGACAAGAAGAACGUCACCGACGUCGAGCUCGACAACGCGCUUCCGGCGGCGCUCAAGGGCACGGACGCGGACAUCACCGUCAAGGCGAACGUCAACGAGAUCAAGGAGACGUCCGUGAAGAAGCUCAAAGCCGCGGAGGAGCUCCGCGCGGCGGCCAAGGCGAAGCGCGAGGCGAUCCCGGACGAGGAUGAAGAACUGAACGUCCUCGUCUCGGCGAUCGACGCGGAGACGGAUGCCAAGCUGCUCGCGAUGGAGGAGGAACACCGACGCGAGGUGGAGGAGCUUCAGAAGGGCCACGACGACCUCCUCGCGGCGCUCAAGGAGGCGACGGCGAACGAAAACGCGGACGAUCUCGUGGCGUUGCGCGCGGAGCUCGAAGACGCGCUCGACGCGCUCGAGUCCGUCACGGAGCGGAACAAGGACCUCAAGUCGAAGCUCGCGCAGGCUCGAAUCUCGCUCGCCAAGGCCAAGGCGCAAGUCGAGAGCGGCGCGAAAGCGAAAGAGGAGCUCGUCGAGGCGAAGACGCAGAGCGAGGCGGACCAGUUCUUGAUCGCGACGCUCAAGAAGCAGCUCAAGUCCGCGCUCGCGAAGGAGGCGGCCGCGACGGAGAGAGCGACGGCGGCGGAGAAGGAAGCCGCGGCGCUCGCGGCGACGGCGGUGGUUGACGGCGAGGAGGUGGAAACGCUGAAGAAGGAACUCGCGGAGGCGCUCGACGUCGUCGCGGAGUUUAAAGCCGCGUGGGAGGCGGACCGCAAGGUGAUCGCGCUCCUGAGCGGGAAGAUGACCGCGGAGCAGGCCAAGUCGGGCGUCUCGCCGAGCGAAGGGUUCUCCGCCAACCCGGUGGGCAGCGUCCUGAACUGGGCGAACCAAGUCGUCGGCGUCAGCGCGGCGGCGAUCAAGGCGCGCACGCCGCCGCCGUCGGACGCCGCCGCGGACGCCCUGAACAAGAGCUCGCGGCGUCUGCAGGACGCGCGCGCGGCGGCGCGCGCGCAGAGCGACAAGGAGACCAACUACGCGAGGAUGGGCGGAAGCGCGACGGUGGCUAGGAUCCGCGCGGGGAAGGACGGCGCCGUCGGCGUCGGCCAGGUCGUGGACGAGUCCACGCGCGAGCGGCAGAUGAACUGGCUCGCCGCCGCGGAGGAAGCCGCCGCGGAGGCGGCGGCGGAGGAGGCCAAGGCGCCGACCGCCAGCCCGGUCGUGGAGAAGAUUGUCGCGGACGUCGUCGCCGACGCUAGCGCGGAGGAGAAGGAGAAGGAAAAGACGCCGGAGGUUGUGGCGUACGCGCCCUCCUCCCCCGCGGCGGUGCAGGUGACGGACGCCAAGUCCAACGCGGUGCCGUCGAUCAAGAUGCCCGCGGCGCCCGCGACAGAGGACGACGGCGCGAAGCUCGUCGCCGCGGCCGCGGAGGGCGAGAAGGAGGUGAAGAAGACGCCCGAGGCGGAGGACGAGCCUCUGUUUUAA